AUGAGUGCAAUCACAGCUGCAGAGAAACAGAAAUAUGCCGAAAUCUUCCAUGCGCGAGGAAACGUCAAUGGUUACAUGUCAGGACAAACGGCAAGAGAUGUGCUUCUUGAUUCUAACUUACCGGCCAACCGCUUAGAACGCAUCUGGGAUUUGGCGGAUAUCGACAAGGAUGGUUGUCUUGACUUUGAAGAGUUUUGUGUCGCUAUGCACUUGACAUUUGACUGUAUCAAUGGAGCUGAAACCCCCAUGAGCCUUCCACCUUCGCUCGUCCCGUCCACCAAAGCUCAUCUGGUGCCGAACGGUCAAGUGUACCCGCAAGCAACAGGAUAUCAGCAACCGAUGGCGACUGGAUAUCAGCAGCCCCAACCUACAGGCUAUCAGCAGCCGCAAAUGACAGGAUAUCAACAGCCUCAACCCACAGGUUAUUCUCCGUAUCAACAACCACAAUCCACAGGCUACCAACAACCUCAACCUACGGGAGUGAUGCCCCAAUAUACUGGAUAUUCAUCGUCUCCGACAACCGUGGAAUUCAGUUGGGACAUGUCACCGCAAGAUAUGACAUCCUACCAAAAUAUCUAUUCGAAAUAUGCAAACGGUUCCGGCAAAGUCAAAUUUGGACAAAUGGAAGAUUUCUACGCUACGUUGGGUCUCUCACGUACAGACUUGACCAAUGCUUGGACUCUCGUGGAUGUGAAUCAUACACAUGCACUGACACAAGAUCAAUGUCUUGUGUUUUUCCAUAUCCUUAACCAGCGUACACGUGGGGCAACCAUUCCCAAAGAUCUUCCUCCUGAUCUUCACGCUGCUUUUGCUGGCGAAUAUGCAGCUGAUCUUGGUGAUCGGCCAGGAUCGGGCUCCGGUGCACGCAAGGGCAACUCCACAUCCAUGUCGAAGAGUGCGCAGUUGGCCGAUAGUUAUGUCAAUCGUUUGGGGGUAGCAAGUACAUCGCUUAGUUCCAAAGGAUCUUCGGUCAAGGGAAACAAAUACGAUGAAGAGGAGAUGUUGAAACGGGAACUCCGAGAGUUGAAGGAGCGUGUGAAGGAGGCAGAACGUCGACGUGAUGAAGCAAAGAAUACGGAAGAAGACUCCUAUGAAUCGUUUGCGUCGCGUCCUUUGCGAGACCAGUUCCAAGCAUUGUACGAUUACAAAUUGAGACAACUGACGGAUCAAGCGGAUGUGGAAGAUAAAGUACGAAAGCAGGAACGCGAUAUUGAAGCCGCACGUGAUGCUGUGCGUCGUUUAAAUCGGAUUGUCGAUGAUGUACGGAGCAAGAAGCGUGAGUUGGAGGCGUUAUUAGAAGAACGCCGUUUGGAAGUACAAAAGACCAUGCGUCAGUUAGAAGAAGAGAGAGCUUAG